AGCUACAUUUAACGUGCUUGUCAAACCGAUCAAAGAGACAGUUCGUUCGUAUCGCUUAGUUGACCUGUGUACGUGUGUGUGUGUGGAGAAAGUACCUCAGUGUUACACAUAUGUGAAAUGGGAACAAGCCUUAACCAGUGUUAAAAACCUUUACAGAAAAGAAGGAACAUGCCUUUUAGCGCCAUUGGUGUAUCCCAGCCCCGGCUGGCCAGGUAGUGCGGUUGACAGGUGACUGGCUGCACGGAGAGCUCUCCGCCUCUCAGUGAACUGUGUCGAUCGGAAUCCCCAUGUCCUGUUCCUAACCACAAGAAGGCACACUCGUCACACAGCCUAUUGCUCGUCUGUCACAGCCAGGGGCCCCUCUUUCGCUCCACUGCUCACGGGCUAUCAUACUGACAGGUCGCUUCGCCGGCUUUUACCUCUCCACUUGAGAUCUACCUGCUGAACAGUAGCCCAGAAAGAACAGUGACAAGGCGGGAGACGUAGCUCUGACUCGAUCACCUGUGCGCGCCAUUGUUCGGUGAGACAGCUGACAAAGCGAUACAUCUGAGGUCUACAAGCCCUCACCCCCUUCCCCCGGGAGCUCAAGAGACAUCAGAUGUAUGUGUGUGUGCUGUUCGUCUCUCUCCCUACUACAUAGCAGAUCGCCGCACACCGGAAUUCACAGUCAACCUCUGUCCCCAGGUAGCCAUCCGAGGCGAGUGUUUGCUCCUUUGCGGCUGUGACAAUAUUUCGCUGUCUUUUCUCUCGAGUUAGCAAAGGGAGCCGAUAAUUUUUUCCUUUGUGAGUGCUGGUCGCGUUUCCUGCGUUGUUCAUCACCAUGAAUAUCUUCAAGAGAAAAGGUUGUCUCUCCAUUACAGAGAAAGACCCAAUUUACAAAGUGCGCUAUUUGGGCAAUGUUCAGACGGCCAUGAUGAAGGGAGACGGGUGUGUGGACAAACCAGUGAAUGUUCUCUGGAACAAUUACCUGAGGACUACAAGUCCCGGUUUGGAUAUGAAACUCACUGUGUCAUCAGCCGGACUCAAAGCCUACACCAAAGAACAAGGUCUGACUGAGUACAGAGCACAUCGGAUUUCUUACUGCAUAGCCCAUCCAAGCUACCCCAAAUUGUUUGUUUGGGUGUACAGGCACGAAGGCAAACGAAUGAAGGUGGAGCUACGCUGUCACGCUGUGCUCUGCAAGACGGAAACGCAGGCCAAAGUUAUGGCAGUGAAACUGCACGACAAACUUUCUUUAGCACUCAAGGAGUUCUUGAGAGAAAAAACUCGCAAUCAGAAUGCCCGGCUCGUUCUCCAGAGAACCAAUUCGAUACCUCGCUCUGGAUCUGUCGUCCCUCUACGUAAGCAACUUUUGAGCACCGGCCAAUCGUACAAACCUCCUGUCUCAACGUCCACAAAAGCUCCAAAACUAGGCUCGAUUUCAGAGGACAUAGAAGAAGAAGAGGAGGAAGAUGAUUUUAUUGAGGCAGGGAUUGUGGGGUUAGAGACUGUCGACGAGGACGAGCUGAGCAUAAGCAAUUCUGAAGGUUCGUCAGACAGUAGCGAUCUUCUUACGCAUGCAGCCCUCGAAGUUUUAGCCAUCUCCAACCCAGAAUCAGUGACAGAAGAGGACAUAGAGCGUAUCUCAGACCAGCUGUUAGCAAUGGAACUCGGCAACAACAUCGAAGAACUGAAAAGGGACGAGCGGGUGUUGUUGUCUUUGCAGCAGCACGUUCCGGCAGAUUCAGACGAGGAGAGCUCUGAGUCGGGUUUUCACGAUCAAGACACGAAAGACAGCGUCUCGGGCACGUCGGAAGAUGGCGAUUUGCGGGAAGUGGAGGAAGCGGAGUUUAGCGAGCGGCUGCGGGAAAUCAACGGUAAUACGGACAUUUUUGUGACCGGUCUGUGAAAUCGACAUGUCCUCGAGCAGAGGAUCAGCUCGCUUUAACUUUCCCAACAAUAUUCCCGCACAAGGAUUAUUCUCGCACGAGACGAUUUGCCCGCUUUCGGAGGCCCACUCUCGAGGGCUUGUGAUAUCUGGAGAUUCUUUGAGGUUUGUUUGUGUUCGAAAGAAAAACUCAGCCGGGUUAAAGUCUGGCGUAAAUUUGAGUCAGUAUUGAACUCAGAGGGCGUGUGUAUGUGUAUAUAAAGCUGAGUCCCGGGCCCUGAAUGCUGGAGGCGGCUAAACUUCUGUAAAUACACUUAAAAAUCAAACCUGUGCCCCAUAUCAGAGUGCUGUGAUGUUAAACUGGUUCAUAACGGACAAGUUCGAUAUAUGUUCUCAUUCUUGGUGUUUUCCCACAAGGUGUGUGCAUUCCAACAGUAGAGAACAAACUACUUGCCGUAUAAAAAGAUAGCUGUGUUUAAGCAGGAUCAGAUAUUUGUAAUCGAUGAUGUCGGUGACAACAAGGAGAUGGAAAUCAUCAUUUGACGGUACACUCACUGCAAUGCGCACUAUCAAGAGUAAUUUUAUCCUGAGAACAUUUCUGCAGACACUGGCCCGCUAGAUGGCGCCCUUGUCUCGGUGUACCUUAAGUGCACGGGUCAUGGGGUAUUUAUAUACCUUUGUCACUUUGAUAUUGUCGUGUCUGAGCGCUGUAUAAAUACGGUGUCCAGCCUCAAGGACUCGGACUGUUAGUCUCGCUUGAUCAGUCUUGCGGAACGAGGAAUUCGCGAUCUCCGCUGAAGUCCUGUGUUAUCCCAUACAUAUACCAGCUAUCCACCUGUGCAAGGUGUGAAACUGGUCUCUGGUUGACCACUAGACAUUGAUGAAAGACUGAGUGUUUAGCAACUCGCUUGUCUACACGUGAUUUCAAACGUGUAGGUAGUGGCAUGGUGAACAAAAACACACGCAGAAGAACAUCUUGUCAGAACAAUUGAUGCGAAAGGCAGAAUAAGUAAAUAAUCAAACUCCCUCCGAGUAGGAGUAGUUGCAAGUUGACUUACAAGAACUGUUGAACUGUGCAAACAGCGACCAGUUGGCCAGUGACAAGUUACGUAUAUGAUACACUACUUAGGUGCAUCGAAGAACUGUUAUUUUGAUACACCAACUAAAUUCGAUUAUUUAUUAAGGGACAGAGGUAGUUUGCGGACUGGACUGACAAAUGUAUGUAGAUCCAGAUUCUUUGGGUGAUUGUUUUUCCCCAGUGCCUUCAAUUACAAAUAUGUCACACAACGUGAUGGUAUUAUUAUUAUCAAAGGAGCACAAACUCAAUAAUUUAUAUUUUAUUAAAUACGUUGUGUUGUGCGCGGUUGAAUGUCAACCCAAGAUUACACUAAGUGCAAUGUACUCAACGAUCCUUUUCAAAUGUGACUGUUCUGACAGACAUUUAUUCGGGAGUCUGUCUUUGUCAAAAAGGCACAUUCUUGUGUGACUUGUUUAUUAAUAAACUUAAACAACCUGGACAAAAUGCAAUAUUAUAGUACAGUGUAAAAGACCGAAGAAAUGUGAUGAGUGUGGUGAGGUGAAGAUGUAGGGUAUACAAGUUGAAAUUAACGCGGAAAGAUUUGAUUGGUGGUGAUACCACUGAAGCUACCAAUCCUGGACUCCCCUAGGCAAUUUUUUGUCGGCACUUGGUGGGUCCGUGAUUAUAUGUCAAGGACACGAAGGA